GACCGGAGGGCGGAGGUUGGACUGAAGCGGACCCGGACUAAAGUGGACUGUGGUUGACGUCGUGGGGUCAGAGGUCACCGUGCAAUGCCUGAGGGGUCUGCUGACUCGUCCAAUGACGUUGCCAUGGGUGAAGAGUCGCCCCGCCUCUCCACUGCCUCCAUCAGCAGCAAUGAGCGUGCUCCAUCCGCCACGCCGUCCGACACCUCCGACCGCCCCGUGAGCCUGGUCUCCACCCUGUCCUCAGGGUCCGGAUCCUCCAGAGACGACCACCCUACCCCACCUCCAUCCCGAUCCUCCGACCCGGACAUCGCCCUCCACCUGAGCCCCCAGGAAGGUGCUGCGGAGGACCAGCAGCCCUGGACACGCCCACAGCAACCUGACAGGAAGGGGCGGAGCGUCAAGGAGUCGACGCCAAACCGAGGUGCAAGUCGUCGACAGACUGGUCCAUUUGGAACCAAAAUCAUGGCGCCGAACCCACAGCUGACCUACCUGGACCGGGUUGUCAUGGAGAUAAUUGAGACCGAAAGGAUGUAUGUCAGAGACCUGCGCAUGAUUGUAGAGGACUAUCUGGCCCACAUCAUUGACCAGGGUGACCUGUCCAUCCGACCGGAGCAGGUCUGCGCUCUGUUCGGGAACAUCGAGGACAUCUACGAGUUCAACAGCGAGCUGCUCCAGACUCUGGAUCUGUGCGACAACGACCCGGUUGCCGUUGCCAGGUGUUUUGUCAUGAAGAGCGAGUACUUUGAAAUCUACACUCAGUACUGCACCAACUACCCAAAUUCGGUUGCUGCAUUGACCGAGUGCAUGAGGAAUAAAUCUCUGGCGAAGUUUUUUCGGGAUCGUCAGGCGUCGCUGAAGCGUUCGCUGCCUCUUGGUUCAUACCUGCUCAAACCCGUUCAGAGGAUCCUCAAAUACCACCUGCUGCUACAGGAGAUCGCAAAGCACUUUGACCCGGAGGAGGAGGGUUAUGAGGUGGUGGAGGAGGCCAUCUACACCAUGACAGGAGUGGCCUGGUACAUCAACGACAUGAAGAGGAAACAUGAACACGCCGUCAGACUGCAGGAGGUCCAGUCUCUGCUGCUGCACUGGAAAGGUCCGGACCUCACCACGUACGGGGAGCUGGUUCUGGAGGGAACGUUCAAGGUCCACCGGGCCAAAAACGAAAGGACGCUGUUCCUGUUCGAGCGCAUGCUGCUGAUCACCAAACGCAGAGGAGAGCACUACGUUUACAAGGCGCACAUCUCUUGCUCCACCCUGAUGUUGAUUGAAAGUGCCAAAGACUCUCUGAGCUUCAGUGUCACCCACUACAAACACCCCAAACAGCCUCAUACAGUCCAGGCGAAGACGGUGGAGGAGAAGAAGCUGUGGGCUCAUCACAUCAAACGCAUCAUUCUGGAAAACCACCAUGCCAUCAUCCCACAGAAGGCCAAAGAGGCCAUUUUAGAGAUGGAUUCAAUAUACCCUCCCAGGUAUCGAUACAGUCCUGAACGGCUAAAAAAAGCUCUGUCCACUCAGUCUGAUGAGUUUCCCCGCGAUGGUCGUCAGGGGCGACGGCAGUCAGAACCAACCAAGCAGAUCCUGAAGAACACCAAAGUCGUGCUAAAGGAGGACGACAGUGGCAGUGUCUCAAAUGGCUGUAACCAGGAUGACAAGCAACUUCCUGAAGGGGAGGAGCCAAAAGUCCAUGAACCAACAUGUGACCAGCCUUCCACAGAUCAACUUUCACAAGAGAAGACGUCUGAACCACUAGAAAAACCUGAACCAGAACCUUCCUCAGAACCAGACAGUUUGCCUGUAACGCCUCCCAGGGUCUCACAGUCUCCUCCUGAGUUGGAACAGAAAGCUGAAGGGGAUUCAGAGCCUCCAGGGGAGCCGUCCUCUGCAACUCCUGAUUCAGAUUCAAAGACUCUGAGCAGCGGGGAAUCCUCCGAUGAUGAUGACGACAAGGAGGAGGCGGAGACCGAGGCUGAAAACGCCAGUAUCCUUCCAUCUUCAGUCCUGGACAAAGCCAGUGCCAUCGCUCAGCACUUCACCAACAGCAUCAAACGAGGCAGUCUGGCCCAGGAUGAUGCCCGCUCGCCGGGCUGUACUUCACCGCGGUUACCAAGCAGGACUGGCAGCACCCUGAGCCUCAGCGCUGACCCUCCCGACCGGACGUCAAGACUCAACAGCAUCUGCUCUGACCCCAUUGAGAGCUUUGGAUCCACAGACCUGACCCUGCUGUCUCCGAGGGACGAAGGUCUUUUUGAUGCCGACCGAGGCAUUCGACGGAGACGAGACUCCACGCUCUCAAAGCAAGACCAGCUGCUCAUUGGCAAAAUCAAGAGUUACUAUGAAUCCGCUGGGAGCCAGGACGCUACCUUCAGCCUCCAGCGAAGGGAGAGCCUGACCUACAUCCCAACCGGGCUGGUGAGGAGUUCCGUCAGCCGCUUGAACAGCAUCCCCAAAGACGAAACCGUCCCAAACAACGCCCCCUCAUCCACCACAUCCUCCAGUCUGGAUUCCUGCUCAGAUACCAGGAGUCACAUGGUCUACAGCACUUCUCAGGACUCUUUAAAAUCUCAACAAAGCAUCACAGAACCAGAAGAUUCAGGUCCAGGAGGUGAUCAGUCCAGAUCUGAGAAUCUAGCAGAGGAUGAUGAGUUCAGACCUUCUUCUGAAAUGAUCAAGAUCUGGCAGACAAUGGAACGAGAGAUGACCCAACCACAAAGUGAAGACAGAGGUCGUGAACAGCCUCGUGAAGCUUCAAGUCUCACCAGAACAAUUGGCGUCGAUUGUAAAACUCCAGACAAUGGCAGUGUGUUCGAUCUCAGCGACAUCACAGAGGAAUCGCCCACUCCUUCACCCCCAAAGCCCAAAUCCUCCAGCGUGAAUCGGACAGGAAGCCUGAAGGAUGCUCUAAAAGCGUUCGGACAGGAGUCCGUUCUCAGGGCGCCACUUCCUCGGGUCGCUCAGCUGAAGGCGGAGGCAGAGGGACAAAGACCCGUAGAGGACUCAGAGCAAGGGGAUGAAGUCGACAAGGCCAAGAGCAAAGUCCUCCAUCUGGCCCGUCAGUACAGCCAACGGAUCAAAACCACCAAACCUGUGGUCCGGCAGCGGAGUCAGGGCAUCCUGGUCCGGAAGAAGAGCCUGCCCUGUGUAGUGGAGGAGAAGGACAGUUCAGGUAAACCCAGUCUGACUCUGCCUCCUCAUCGCGCAACGGCCUCUCUGCCUCCGAAUCCUGUAGACCAGGUUUCAUCAAGGGGCCCCGGGCCGGUCCCCCCGAGCCACAAUCGUCCCCGUAGCCCCCUCAUCCCUGCCUCCACUGAGGGCUUCCACUGGCCCGACGUUCAGGAACUCCGCUCCAAAUACAGUGACCAGAGAGGUCAGAAGGGCGGGGUCGGCCGGAAUCGCUCCAACCUGGAGCAGGCAUUAGAUGGCGGGUUGAGACGACGUUCCAGCUGCUCAUCCAGCCUCGUCCUCAGUGAUGGAGGAGCUGCCAAGAGUCCAUCACUGAGUCCUGACAUCAGCUGUGAGGAGCGCAGGAAAAGACUACACAGAGCCAAUUCUCUAGACCCUUGGCUGAGCAGAGCCCACCUCGGAGACCUGCAGAAGCUCCGGGACCAGGACUCUAGCGUCAGCUACGAGGGUUACUAUGUUGCAGGUGAGGCACCGCUACCAAACGACACCGAACACAAGAUCAUCAUCAUGGAGAAGAAACCAGUCGCUGACAGAGAAGAGGAAGACGACAGCUAUGUUCAGAUCCGGUCACCAACCAGCAGGGAAAAGAUCUCCAUCAUGGCCGUCAUUGACCGCUGCCGGGCCUAUCAGGAGUCAGACGAGUAUAAACAGAGGGAGGAGCCAAAAAACAAAACAGAGCCCAUGAGGCCGCAGGAACCUGAGGUCGGCGAGUCCCAGAGCAUGAACGUAAACCCUGGACAGAAGAAUGACGGCGGUCAGCAGAGCAUCGUGAAGAACCUGAGGGAGAAGUUUCAAAGCCUCGGCUGAACAAACACAACAACAGGAUUUCAGUAAAACCAGACACUGGGAGUCAGUGCUGUGGAUCAGUAAAUGUGUCGGGUCAUUAAACCUGUCACAUGAAGGUCUUGAACCUUUUUCUGUGCUUAUAUCAUUAGAUCUCUACAAGUUUUCUGUAAAGAUAAACACACUGGAAUAUGAAGUAUGGAGCCGAUCUCCUGCCAAAAUAUAAUGGUAUUUUUUAAGAGUCCUGUGGUUUAAAUACAAAACAUUCCUAUCAAACAAACUCAUCUAAUAACACAAAUGCUAUAUUGGUUUGAUAUGUUAUUGAUCAUUGUUGUAUAUUUUAUGACUCAUUUUUAUUGGGUUGCAAUUCUACGACCCUGGGGUAAAAUCUAACACAAUUUAUAAUUUUUCAAAAGUUUUGGCAGUAAAUUAGCUCCAUAAAGUCGAUUAUAUUUUAACAAAAACCAAAGUUCUCGAUGAUAUACAAUUGUACAUAUAUAGACCAUUUAUAUAAUUAUAUAUACACUAUUAUUUCAAAAAGUUUUAAAAACCAAACGCCUCUUCAAAGAUUCAAGUCGACAAAGAACACUACAGAUGAUGUUGAAAAGAUGAAAUGUCAAAUAAAUGACCUUUAUUACAUUCCUUGAUGCAUGUUGUAGAUAGAGAUUUAGAAAUGUGUAAAUAUCUUUCUAAGGCUUUAAAUACAUAUCAGUUCAGUCUGAAUCUUUGUUUGUACAGAGUUUUGUUUAUGUCACUGCUGAAAAAAAUGAUUUUAAUUCAGUCAACAGGGGAUCAGCCAGGACACAGUGUUGAACUUGAAUAAUCCACUGAACUUAAUAACACUGGUCUGUGUGAAAUAACCAAACCACUAAAUUAGCAAGACUUACAUCUUGCGGUUGAAAAGGACAACUCUGAUCCACUUGAUUUGUUCUUACCUUCUGCAGCAGCUUUUAACACAUUCGACUCUUGUAGCACUUUGCUCAGUGACCGUGGACUGGAACCUGGACUCUGUAGACCAUGUUACUAGACCUGAACCUCCUGUAAAUACACAAACACACUGUAAGUCUUUCUGUAACUGUGGUCCGUGUGUGAUAUUCACGUGUUAAUGUGGCCUCACAUUUUUGUUUCACAUUAAAAACACACCAACGUGAGCAGA